UCUAACAGCAUUCACAUUAUAUUUCUUAAUAUUGCACCAUUACUGCAUUUUAUGACAAAUUAAUUCACACAGAAACGUAGGGAUAUAGUUUUUCGAUAAUGCAAGCUGUCAGUCGAGCACAGAAAAAAAAAAAGAUAAUUCAUUUUGAAGAAAAAGAUCAACAUAUUUAUGCGGAACUAUGGUACUGAAUCGUCGGUGCAACACGGACCACUGUGGAUGUAACACAAGGUGCAUCUUUGAAAAGUCAGUUUUGAUGAUAGUACUGUAUGUUCUAAAAUCAGUGUUUGUAUGAUAAAUCAAACACAGUUUGAAAGGCACAGACGUAGCUAAAUGUUAGCGCCAGUUAGCUAGUGGAGAACACACAGCCUGUGAAAACUACUCAGGGACGACAAAGGGGUUUUCUCCUUGGCUCUUGCUCUCAGCCCUGCUUACUGUCUCUCAAAGCUCGAAGCAGAGAUUGUGAUGCUGGGCUGGUAACAAAAUCCCAGGAAAACAUCGCAGUUUAUUUAACUAUUUCUUGGUUUAAAGGCAGACAGCUUGUCUGUAGCCAGGGGAAAAAUGAGUGGCCACAAACUGCUGCUUCCUGGGUUGAACUUGUGGACUUCAGGCAGAAGUAGGUGGAUGAAACGACUACAUGAUGGUAUAAAUGGAAAGGCGUCGUUUUCUUCUUGUAACCCAAAGGUGUGUAUCGUUGGCAGCGGUCCAGCAGGUUUCUACACGGCGCAGCAUUUGAUUAAGGCCCGUCAAGAUGUUGAGGUGGACAUCUAUGAGCGGUUGCCUGUCCCCUUCGGCCUGGUCAGGUUUGGAGUGGCCCCUGAUCAUCCUGAAGUCAAGAAUGUCAUCAAUACGUUCACCCAGACAGCCAAACAUUCACGCUGUAGCUUCUAUGGUAAUGUGAAUGUGGGAAAGGAUGUGAGCGUUGAAGAGUUGCAGCAAGCCUACCAUGCAGUCGUACUGAGUUAUGGGGCAGAGGGAAAUAGGAGUAUGGGAGUGCCAGGAGAAGACUUGGCUGGUGUGUACUCUGCUAAAGACUUUGUUGGCUGGUACAAUGGGCUGCCCAGCUGUCAAGAGCUGAGACCAGACCUGAGCUGUGAAACAGCAGUCAUUCUUGGUCAAGGCAAUGUGGCCUUGGAUGUAGCAAGAAUCCUGCUGUCUCCCAUUGACAUUUUAAAGAAAACAGACAUCACCCAGCCUGCUGUAGAGGCUCUGGCAGAGAGCCAAAUCCGCAGGGUGCUGAUCGUUGGCAGGAGAGGACCAAUACAAGUUGCCUGCACAAUCAAGGAGCUUAGAGAAAUGGUGAACCUGCCCGACACCAGACCUGAGAUGUUAGCGGCAGAUUUUGAGGGUGUUGCAGAGGCUAUUAAAGAUUUGCCAAGGCCCAGGAAGCGUCUGACAGAGCUACUGUUGAAGACAGCCCUGGACAUCCCUGAAGAAAAAGAGCAGGAGAGACGAAACAAAGCCUCCCGCAUCUGGGCCUUUCGAUUCUUCCGGAGCCCCGUUGAAAUCCUGGCCAACCCUGACAACAACAGAACAGCUGGCAUCCGACUUGCAGUCAACAGGCUGGAGGGUUCAGGUGAGGGAGCCCGUGCAGUGCUCACUGGAGAAGUGGAGGAUGUGACCUGUGGCCUGGUCAUUAGCAGUAUCGGCUACAGGAGCCUCCCCAUCGAUCCAUCAGUGCCAUUUGACUCCCACAAAGCCAUCGUCCCAAACAGCAUGGGCCGUAUUCAACAAGCUGCAGGUCUUUAUUGUAGUGGCUGGCUGAAAACAGGUCCAACAGGUGUGAUAGCCACCACUAUGAACAAUAGUUUCGACACAGCACGAUCCUUGCUGGAGGACAUGAACUCAGGAACGUUGGAUUUAUCUGCUGCCAAGCCUGGUUCACAAAGCAUCAGUAGUCUGCUGGAAAAGAGAGGAGUGAAAGCAGUGAUUUUCUCAGACUGGGAGAAGAUUGACAGUGUGGAGAUGAGUAGGGGUGAAGCCAUCGGAAAACCCAGAGAAAAACUACUGAGUGUGGAGGAAAUGCUGCAAGUGGCUCGCAAGUGAGGGAAGACAAACUACUCACAAGGAAACAUGGAGAACAGUAGUUGACAUAACAGUGGGGACAUCAGUGAUUGAACACCAUGGAUGCAGAAGAGGAAUUGCAUUAUAUAGCACUUAAAAUGGACUUAUUUCAUACUGCACAGUACACAUUGAGAUUGUAGGGUAGUUCUCUACUUGAAAUGCAGAAAUUUAAAUUACUAUAUUAGAGUACAGACCAAUUUUUUAUAUCCAUAUAAUGUAAAUUAGCCUGUCUAUUUUAGGUUGUGUCCAAUACAAAAUAAAAUGCAUCAUUUUAUUUCUGUCCUGGA